AUGGGCCUGAGAAAAAGCUAUGUCGGUCACAGCUCUUCCUCACUCCCUAUGCCUACGACAUAUCACCAGCCAAAAGCCUUGGGUAUUCAGGUGGUCAGAUCGAAUAAACCACACUACCAACACACCCCCGACAUCGACUUCAACAAGCAAGCAGACUACUUCAGUGACCGUGUAUCUGUUGGCUCAUCCCUCAGUGAUGACAUGGCUGAUGAAGAAGAAAUAAUCGUCCAUCUUAACGAGAGAGCGUUGGCUGAAAUUCCCAAGCCCCUCCAGAAUGUCAUGCGAGAGAUCCAGGCAGAGCGAUAUGAAAGACUGAAGAAAGAAAACCCAAACCUACGAGUCAUGGCAGCCGACUACUGGAUCAGACCCGUUGAGCGAGUCCACAGAAAGACCAUCUACAACCGUGCGCCUACCCCGUUGUACUUUGCAUUGCCGUCGUCUACCAACAAGCGCAACGAAAGAGCCAACGGUGCAUCUAGAGCAAACCCAACCAUUCAAAGCCUCGGGCCUGGGCACUGCUACAGAUGGGCUGCUCAUCCUGCCGCUGACGGCGAUUCUCUGCACGCACAGCAACGCCAAAAGACAUCAAACCCUCGCUAUCAGAACCACAGUGCCCAGCAUCUUCACAGCCAUCCCCAUCCUACGAAAGAAUUUCGAGUCAUCAGCGGCUACCGCCAACCUGUACCGGCGAAUCUCGUGGUCAACCAAAAGCUUAGAAAGCACAAGAACGCACGCCCUUCUGGUCUCAAGUCCUUGUCGGUCAAGCCCGUCGCAUCCAACUUGCGUGCCAGCCUCAAGAGAAGCCUUUCGCGUCUGAACAAAUGGAUGAAGAAUGAAAUUUGA